CCUGGAGGAGCUCCCGAUUGCAGACAUCUGUCUGCUCCCGCAGUGUCCGGCACCCACCAUGCGGCCUCUGGUCCUGCUCUGGGGCUGUCUGAUGCUCCCAGGUUAUGAAGCCCUGAAGGGCCCAAGGCAAAUCAGUGGAUUUGAAGGUGACACCGUGUCCCUGCAGUGUACCUAUGAGAAGACAGUGGAGAGACACAGGAAAUAUUGGUGCCGGCAGGGUGGCAUCGUGGUGUCCCGCUGCGCCGACAUUGUCUACACCAAUCAGGACCAGAGCGUGACCCGGGGCAGGAUGUCUAUCAGAGACAGCCCCGGAGAGCUCGCGAUGACCGUGACCAUGCGGGACCUUACCCUGAAGGAUGAGGGGAAGUACUGGUGCGGGAUUGACAGGCUGGGCUUCGACGAGUCUUUUGAGGUCUCCCUCAUCGUCUUCCCAGCUUCUCCUGAUCUCCACCCGACAGUCGUCACAGCCCAACAGGGGAAGACAGGGGUCCAGACCCCUGUAUUCACCGAGGCGGCCCCAGUCCGGUCUGCAGGAACCUCCCAGGUUCCCCCAGGAACCUCUCCAUAUGCUGAGAGCUCUCCUCACACAGCGACCCCAGCCCAGUCUGCAGGAACCUCCCAGGUUCCCCCAGGAACCUCUCCAUAUGCAGGGAGCUCUCCUCACACAGCGACCUCUCCCCAUGCAGGGAGCUCCCGCCCAGUCAUCUGGCUGCCCCUCACCACACCCAAGGACACCAUGGCUGUAGCCAGCAGCGUCUCCAAGUCCAGUGGGUCCAUCCUGACGGCCCGCACGAUGGCCCCAGUCCUGGUGCUCUUGUCCCUUCUGCUGGCUGCGGGUCUGAUUGCCUUCGGCAGCCACAUGCUCCGGUGGAGAAAGAACGUUCGGCUGACCACAGAGACACAGCGGGAAGAGAAGGUGUGCCUCCCAACCUCGCCACCGGGAAACAGCUGGAGGCCUGAAGACGCCAUCAUCAACCUUGCAGCGCCCCCAGAGUGUCUUUGCACGCCCAAGCCCUCCGUGUCCUCCCCUGAGACUCAGCACCUCAGCCAGACUACAGAGGAAGAGGCAUCACCUUCCCUGGACCCCGAGGAGGACGUGACGGCAGCCCCUCCCCUGCAGAUGACUGGAGAAGAGCUGGCCCUGUCCGGGUUCAUAUCUGUGUAACUGCAGGAUGCCCCGUGGUCAGGCACCGUGAAGCUGGACGGCUGAGUUUGCACGGAUUCUCCGACUUCGCUCCCAAUCCACGGCUCUCUCCAACUUCCUCCAGGCUCCCUUCUUGCAUGCCCCAGGAUGGCGAAAAAGUAUGUCUGGACCCCGGAGCCCAGGGUGGUACAAUUCCAGGCAUCUCCAGCGUAUUUUAAUCCCUAGAGAGAAUGUGUGGCUGUGGGCCCUCACGGGGACCUGGCAGGGCUCAGUAGAUGAGGACUGAGUUUGUACGCAUUCCAGAAAGUUCCCUGGACACGGGUGCCCAGCAACGGUCCUGCUCCCCACCCCCUGCAGAUCCCACCUUCUCCUCCCUCCAGCUGUCCUGCACCGGGUGCUAUGGAGGUGUGUGUCUAUAAAACACCUGUGUCCUGGCCCUUCAGAAAACAAUUAAACAGAAUUAAAGAUCCCCAUCAGGACGUCCCCAAACCAUCUCUCGGGCAGGGCCCUGGAUGUCACAGCUCUGACAAGUGACCCAGGGAUUCCCACUCUUGGGCCUGAGGGAUCCGCAGCCCCUUCUGGUCUAGACAGCCUUCCUUCCUUCUCCCUUUCACUCUGAGGUCUCCUAUAUGCUCCCUAGAGCUCUGAUCAUGACGCCUCAGCAGGAGCUUCCGAAUGCCUCCCUGGUCAGGUACGGGAGGGAGGCAUCCGGGGAAUGGCUUUUCCACUCUCCUUCCCUGAGGACCGCAUCAUCCCUGUGCAGAAGAGGUUACUCCUCCAAGGGCGCCAGAGGCUGGGGGAGGAGGAAGAGAAGGAAAGCAGAACGGGAGGGAAGGAAGGGGACGGGAAGAAAGUAGACUCCAGUUACCAGAGGAGAGUGCUAAAUCCAGGCCUGCUGGGUGAGGGAAAGACAGACUGCCUCAACUAUCCCCCCCCCCCGCCCCCUUUCUGUUUUGUUUUGAAAAAUAAAAUGUUGGGAAGAGAGGUGUUCAGUAUCUAAAGCGUAGGAAUAUAGGGAGAAAACCGAAAGAACAGUGCUGCUCUUAAGAUCAUCUACAGCCUCACCAAGCUCUUGUUGACAGCCCUGAUGGCACUGGGCUGGGUUUUCCUCCUUUCUCCUUCUCGCGGCGUGCAGAUGCUGCUUAGGGAGGGACCAUCCCACUGUGGGCCACAAGCUCGCUGCUCUUCCCUCCUCUGUGCUCUGUAGACCUCGAGCAAUAAACUUCCUCAGCUGUGUACUACUUUAGCAAAA